UUUUCUUUCCCGCGUUCGAGAAGAGAAGUGGAAGAAGAGUUGCUUUACAAUUAGUUCCAUAAUGGCGUCUGCAAUACCUAAAAUCGCACCAUCGAUGCUUUCAUCUGACUUCGCAAAUUUGGCGUCGGAGGCCCACCGUAUGUGCCAAUGCGGCGCCGACUGGCUUCACAUGGACAUCAUGGACGGGCACUUUGUUCCAAAUCUUACCAUUGGACCUACAGUGAUUGAGAGUUUGAGGAAGCACACCAAGAUAUAUCUAGACUGCCACCUGAUGGUUACAAAUCCUUUUGAUUAUGUGGAGCCAUCAGGAAAAGCUGGUGCUUCAGGUUUUACCUUUCAUUAUGAGGUUGCCAAAGAUAACUGGCAGGAACUCAUUCUUAAAAUCAAGGAAAAAGGCAUGCGCCCUGCAGUAGCAGUUAAGCCUGGAACUCCAAUUGAAGAAAUUUAUCCACUUGUUGAGAGUGAAAAUCCUGUUGAAAUGGUCCUUGUUAUGACAGUAGAACCUGGAUUUGGUGGUCAAAAAUUCAUGCCAGAAAUGAUGGAAAAGGUCCGUGCAUUGAGAAAGCAGUACCCCUCUCUUGAUAUAGAGGUGGAUGGUGGCUUGGGAGCUUCAACCAUUGAUACGGCAGCUUCAGCAGGGGCAAAUUGUAUCGUGGCGGGAAGUUCAGUAUUUGGAGCUCCGGAACCAGCCCAAGUUAUAUCCACUAUGAGGAAGAGUGUGGAGGCGGCACAGCAAAAGAGUUAAUAAUUUAAUACAGAUAAGUUACUCUCUGGUGAUUCAUUUUCUAUUAAUAAUCUUCUUGUGUGUACAAUUACUGAUUUACCAAUAAAAAAAUUUAGUUUGUAUUUUAAGUUGAUUUGAAAGUUUUCACUGGAUAACUUUUCAUGCGUGCAAAGGUCUGUAUGAUGUACAAUAA